AUGAAGACUUCCAUAUCUUCGGAUGUGUGGGAGAAGAAGAAGGCCUUGAUCGCCAAGUUGUACAUGGAGGAGGAAUGGCCCCUCAAGCAGGUCAUCAAGCAGAUUCGUUCCGAUGAUUUCAAUCCUAGCGAGACUCAAUUGCGAAGUCGUUUAAAGAAAUGGCGAGUCACCAAGCCGUCUCGCCAGACUCGCAAGCAACCCCAGAGAUCAAUCUCGGGUGACGACGAGUCUGAAAGGGAUAUGAAGAGUACUUCGUCUGUCUUGUCUCACAAUCGCAUGUCUCCCGCCGCCAAGGAGAUAUCCAGCAAGCGUUCGGACUGGCCUGCACACCCAGCCUACGUCUCGUCCGACGUGCACUCCGUGGACCAUCAGAAGUGGAACGCUCCCUUUGCCCAGCAGUUGACGCGCACCCUGUCGAGCGAGCACGUUCUUGCCUCGGACAGACAUGCCGUCCACCCUUUCUCGGAGUACAGCCCGACCACCGCCUCUUUCGAGCUGCCCGCUCAGACUUCUCCCGUGAGCGAGAGCCUCAUGCUCAACGCCACCUCUGCCGCGACGCCUACCUACACGGCAUACCCUCUUUCUCCUGAAUCCUGCAUUCCCAGUCCCGGAUCAUCGACUGAGCCCGCAUUGGCCCAGUGGCCUCCUCGCACCUUCUCGGCCGACAUGAACCUCAACCCUGCUCUGCACCCGGGUCACUGGUACCAAAUGCCGUUUGAACCCAUCACUCCCCCGGCUGGCGUGCCUCAUUCUGCUCCUCAGGCUCCUUCUGCACCUCUCUACCGGGAUGAGGUGUUAUACCGGGAUGAUAUGCAAUACCGGGAUGAGAUGCCCAUGGUCGCUCAUCACGGCGUCUAUCCUCCUGAAUUCGUUCACUAUGGAGAGACCCCCGAAUACCUCGGCUACGAUUCCAAGUCUUGGAAGCGUGGUAUGUCUCUACAGUAUGAUUACUACAGGAGGCCCGACCACGAGAAGAAACCCAUGCCCUCUUAUGGUUACCCACCCGCGGGCAUGGUGCCGCUACCUCCUUCCCAGUGUGCACCUCUGGCGUCGUACAUGGGCCAGGAUCCGAUGGCGCAGAAGCCCCCUGGUGUGGGAUACUAA